UGCGGUCACACUUCGAAGCUGGCUAAAGUGAAAACCAAAACAAGAGGAGUCAGAGUUAUACCCCCAACUCAUUCCAAUAAGAGAGCCACCUUCCCGCCUCCACAAUGCUUGAAAACUGCCAACGACAUCAUAUGCUCCUUGGACUGGGAGCCCUAACGAUGGUCACGAUCCUCGUUCUUUUUGUGGAAUCCCGAUACGCGGCAGAGGGACCCCGUCGCCGGGAGCCGCAGUUCGUCAUCGAGGACAACUCGACGUGCUGGCGAAACGAGAAGUACACGAUGGUGCAGGAGUGCCAUCCGUGCUCCGAGUUCGACAUAGUCAGCCGGAGCCUGGGCGUCUGUAUCCACACGCACUACAAGGAGGUGCUGCGCUGCCAGAGCGGUGAGAUCGUGACCAGGAGCUGCGACCGGGUGGCGCUCAUCGAGCAGAUGAACUUCCUGAAAUUUGAGGUCUUGUGCCUUGUAGUUGGACUACUGAGCUACCUGGUGAGCUACGCUCGAGAUCGAAUCCUCUCCAGGCGCAACUACAUGAGAAUCGAACGGCAGCUCAACCGGGUGCAAUAGCCCCUCUCCAGGCUAUCCAUUCCCUUCCCCAAGUGAUACUCAUUGAACGUACGGAAGGUACAAUAUUUAAUUUAAUUUAGUUUAAGUACAUACAUAUACAACACUCUGGAAA